CGGGCACCACCUACAUCUUCGGCAAGGGGGGGGCCCUCAUCACCUACACGUGGCCCCCCAACGACCGCCCCAGCACCCGCGCCGACCGCCUGGCCCUGGGCUUCAGCACCCACCAGCGCGACGCCGUCCUGCUGCGCGUGGAGAGCGCGGCCGGGCUCGGGGACUUCCUGCAGCUCCACAUCGCGCAGGGGGCCGUGGGGGUGCUCUUCAACGUGGGGACGGAGGACAUCGCCCUGGAGGAGCGGGGGGCGGCCGUCAGCGACGGGCGCUUCCACGUCGUCCGCUUCACCCGCAGCGGCGGCAACGCCACCCUCCAGGUGGACGGCGGCCCCUUGCACGAGCGCUACCCCCCAGGCAGCGGGGACAGCGAGCGGCUGGCGCUGGCGCGGCAGCGCAUCCCCUAUCGCCUGGGGCGGGUGGUCGAUGAGUGGCUGCUCGACAAAGGCCGGCAGCUCACCAUCUUCAACAGCCAGGCCGCCGUGCGGGUGGGGGGCCGGGACCGCGGCCGCCCCUUCCAGGGCCAGCUCUCGGGGCUCUACUACAACGGGCUGAAGCUGCUGGCGCUGGCGGCCGAGGGGCACCCGCGGGUGCGGCUGGAGGGCGACCUGCGGCUGGUGGGGGAACCCCCCCCGCCCCCCGCCCCCCCCGGCGCCACCCCCGCCCCCCCCGACAUGGCCACCACCAUCAUGGAGACCACCACCACCAUGGCCACCACCACCACCCGCCGCGGGCGCUCGCCCACCCUCCGCGACACCGUCGCGCAGAACACGGACGACCUGCUGGUGGCCUCGGCCGAGUGCCCGAGCGACGACGAGGACCUGGAGGAGUGUGAGCCCGGCACAGGCGGGGAGCUGGUGCUGCCGGCGUCCCCGGGGGGGGGAGUCGCGUCCUCCCCCCCGCCGCCCGCCCCCCGCGUCCCCCCCGGCUGCGGCCCCGACUGCGAGGAGCCUUCGGGCUUCGCUUCGGGCGAAGCCGCCGACCCCAACCUGCCGCCGGCCGACGACGAGGACUUCGCGGGGCAGGGCGGUGACAUCACCGCUUCCCGCCGCAACGACGACGACGACGACGACGACGACGACGACGACAACCGGGGCCACCACGACGGCCACCACGAGGUCACGGCCAGCCAGGCCGAAGGGGCGGCCGAGGUCACCGUCCCCACCGUGGUGGCCGUCCCUUUGCCGGGGCUGGUGCCGGCGGGCGAGAGGCACCCGCGGGAGGGUUCGGCGGGACGGGGACGGGUGACGGCUCCCCCCGUGACCCCUCGUCCCCCCGCUGUCCCCACAGCAGCCGCCCCCGGAGCCGUGGAGGUGGUGCGGGAAGCGGGGGGGACCACCGGCAUGGUGGUGGGCAUCGUGGCGGCCGCCGCCCUCUGCAUCCUCAUCCUCCUCUACGCCAUGUACAAGUACCGCAACAGGGACGAAGGCUCCUACCAGGUGGACCAGAGCCGCCAUUACAUCGGGGCGGCGGCGGCGGCCCCCAACGCCCCCAACACCAACGGCGGCGCCGGGGGGGGGGUCCCUCACGCCGUGGGAGGAACCCCCUUGGCCGGGGGAUCCCCAAAGAGAAAGCGGCCCCCGCCCCCCCCAAAGCGCCCGGCAAGGCCCGACGCAACAAGGACAAGGAAUAUUACGUCUGACGGGGCGGGGGGGGAAACCACGCACCGCCGCCCCCCUCCCCCCCCCCCAAAACACCCAACCCCCACCCCCCACCCCAAAAAAAAAAAAAAAAAAAUAAACGGGCCCCCCCGUCCCGUCAAGAUACAACCCCCCCCCCCCCCCACCCAGG